AGAAAGGCGGGACGCAGGGACGCGAGCACUGGGACCCCCUGAUCCGCGGCCUCACACACGUGGGGUGAAUGAAGUUGAUGUUACUGUGCUGCUCCUGGAGUGAGGAAUACAUGGGAGAAGAGGAAGGGAAUGAUCUGCCAGUGUGUGCCAGUUGUGGACAAAGUAUCUAUGAUGGACGUUAUCUGCAGGCCUUGGACUCGGAUUGGCAUAGUGACUGUUUCAGGUGCAGCGAUUGUGGUGUGUCCUUGUCCCACCGCUACUAUGAAAAAGAUGGGAGACUGUUCUGUAAAAAGCACUACUGGGCACGCUUUGGCGGCAUGUGCCAAGGCUGCUCUGAGCAUAUCACCAAAGGAUUGGUUAUGGUGGCAGGAGAGCACAAGUAUCACCCAGAAUGCUUUGUAUGUUCCCGCUGUUCCUCUUUCAUCGGUGAUGGAGAGACAUAUGCAUUGGUGGAGCGGUCCAAGUUAUACUGUGGACCAUGCUACUUCCAGAUCUCCCUGACGCCCGUGAUUGACUCCCCAGUCUCUCGAUCACCUCAUACGGUGACCCUGGUGUCUCUUCCAGCUUCCGAUGGUAGACGUGGUCUGUCUGUCUCCAUCACUCCAUCCUGUGCUGAGCAUUCUCACACUGUGCGAGUCCGUGAACUGGAUGCUGAUUGUCUCAGUCCCGACAUUCAAGGCUCAAUUCAUGUUGGAGAUCGGAUACUGGAGAUCAAUGGCACCCCUAUUCGCAGCGUUCCCCUUGAUGAGAUUGAUAUUUUAAUACAGGAGACUAGCCGGCUCUUACAGUUAACCAUUGAGCACGAUCCACAUGAAAAUACCACUUUGCCCACUCCCUGCACAGAACCUGGAAUCAGACGCCAGAGGCCUGUUACGCGCAGCUGCAGUAUAGACAGAUCACCUGGAUCUAGCUGUGUGGGUUCCCCAUCCUGCUCCAGAAGAGAUAUGUGUCGCUCUGAAUCUGUCCGUGGUGUUACUGGAUCACAUCGUAUAUUCAGGUCCUCAGAUCUCAUCCCGGGAGAAGUGCUGGGAAGGGGCUGCUUUGGGCAGGCAAUCAGGGUUACUCAUCGUCAGACUGGUGAAGUGAUGGUGAUGAAGGAAUUAAUUAGAUUUGAUGAAGAGACACAAAGAGCCUUUUUAAAAGAGGUGAAGGUAAUGCGUUGUCUGGAGCACCCUAACGUCCUGAGGUUUAUAGGGGUACUUUACAAGGACAAGAGAUUGAAUUUCAUUACAGAAUACAUCCCUGGAGGGACCCUGCGGCAGGUGAUAAAGGGGAUGGAUGCUCAAUGUCCCUGGAACCAGAGAGUUAUUUUUGCGAGAGAUAUAGCAGCCGGAAUGACCUACCUCCACUCUAUGAAUAUAAUUCAUCGGGACUUAAAUUCUCACAACUGCCUUGUACGAGAGGAUGGCAGCCUUGUGGUGGCAGAUUUUGGUUUGGCACGAUUAGUAACAGAUGAGGCUCGGGACCUCCGAAAAGACCGAAGGAAACGCUAUACUGUGGUGGGGAAUCCAUACUGGAUGGCACCAGAAAUGAUAAAUGGAAGAAGUUAUGAUGAAUCUGUAGAUGUUUUCUCCUUUGGGAUUGUUCUCUGUGAGAUUAUUGGCCGUGUGAGUGCAGACCCGGAUUAUCUUCCUCGCACCAUGGAUUUUGGGUUGAAUGUCUGUGCCUUCUUGGAUCGCUUUUGUCCUACAAAUUGCCCACCCGGGUUCUUUCCCAGUGCAGUAUUAUGCUGUGAUUUAGACCCUGAAAAACGGCCAAGUUUCUCGCAGCUAGAGCUCUGGUUGGAUUCCCUCCUCAGGCACCUGAAUUUGCAGCUGCCUCUGAGCUCACAUCUUGAGCAGCUGGAGAAAGGGUUUUGGGCGAUUUACAGGAGAGGAGAUAGUACCUUGCAUGAACAUCCCGAAGUCCCAGAAUAACAUCAGCUUCAAGGAUAAAGGAAACCCUAUGGAGAUAACUCAACUUGUGUGUGUUUGUGAGGAGCUCAUACUGCUUACCGUGCACGGAUUGGGGAUCCUUUCCCUACAUCCUUGAUGUGAGAACGGGUCCUGCUGUGCCAGCAAGUUGUUGCCACUGACUGUGUGGGGAAUCCAAAGAUGAUGUCGUUCCACUUGGUGCCUACCGCGUUAAGUGAGCUUGUAAUGGUUCUUGGACUGGCAGAGAGGAACCUGUUUUUUUUAAUGUGGCACUUUGUAAACUAUUUGCGGCUCUGGUAAUGAAUAUAUGUUGUCCUUCAGGGCGUCAUUACAUCACCUCCUCCCUGCAUGACGUCCUCCUUUUCUGACCACCUUUCUGUUCAAAGGAGCCUUCUGCACCUAGUGUAAAUACUCAUCUGUAUAUGCAGACUGUGCAUAGCUUUCUGUACAUAGCCUCCCAACGUCUGUGACUUUAGCCUGUUGUCCUUGAUGACUUGUUCUUGUUGCCAAGAAGAGACUACUGGUCUCGCUGUCAGCCCAGAGCAGGCUUGGUCUUUAUGAUAGGACCAGAAUGCCCUCGGGCAGAGGACAGUCACCCAUCUGUGAAGUAGGCCUCCCUGUCUUACACGCAAAGAAGACAUCUUCUCAUUUUAUUUCAUGUUAUUUGUCUACACACUUAGCACUUAUAGAUUGGUUCUCAGCUUUUAAAAGCACCAGCAUUCUUAUGUCUACACAUCGUUACUGUUGAUAUAUGCAGCACCCAUAGGCGACUGUAUACGCACGAGUGCUAAGAGGACUACUACCGGCCUCUUCUGUGUUAGUUUUACUGUAGCUUAUAAAGGCACCUACUGUUCUGAUGUGACCAUAUAUUUACCGUUAGGUUUAGUACUGAAAGGCCAGUAUGAUGCAUACAUCGUAUGUAAUAGAUGUGCAGCUACUAGAGAAGAAACAGCUUUCCUAUAAGUGAAUGAUCUGAAGCUUUUGCAGGCUUCCUCCAUUUUUCAUUUCCCUUGUCUGCAGUGUUCUAUAAGUGCACUUCAUAGUCAUUUCCAUGUUGUGUACAGCACCCCCUAGUGUGCAUUUUUCUCAGUGUAGCAGUUUUGCACAUUUAAAAAGAAUCUACAUUUUUGCCUUAUGUAUGAGGAAAACAUUUUUUAUUUUUAUUUUAUAGAACAUUAAUGAUACAGUUUUGGCCUUAGAUUUUUACUUUUGAGUUACUGAACAUAUUUCAUCUCCUCCUCACCUCACACACAUAUUGUGUCAUACUGAAUGUAGGUUUGCAGAGUCUGAUACUGCAGGAUUUUGCAACCCAAGCUCCCUCUGUACACCUUUGCUCGGUUUUCCUUCCUUUGAGGGAUAUCUGGCUUUCACUGUGUUGAAGACCCAUAACUGGGGCUCCACAAUUAUUUUGCAUAUUUCUGUACACAAGAGGGCAGUGUUGCGCUCGGCUUCUUAUUUAGAAUCAUUGAUUUUCAUUGCCAGUGUGUCAAACUGGCUAAGGGUCCUUUUUACGAAGGCAGAUAAUCUACCCAUAACGAGCACUAAUCAAUGAAAUAGCAAGUGGAUCGGCGCUGGUCAUCUGCCAUUUACAUGCAGCCUUCAUCAUACCGUUUGGGGAUGAAUGAUCAGUAAAAUGAUUGUUUAUCCCCAUAUAGUUUGCCACUGUGGUCGGUAUGCUGAUUUUUAUGCUUGCGUAAAAGAUGUGAUCAGCCAACAAAUGAUCUUUCGGCUGAUUGACGGCCAUAUUUACACGGGGCAGAGAUCGGGAAUGAACAUUGAUAUCAACAUUUGUUCAGCCCAUCAUCAUCUCGUGUAAAAGGGCCUUCAGGGGGUUGUCUAGGAUUUUACUAUUGGUGGCCAUUCUCAAGACAGGCCAUCCCGUAUCUAAUAGGUGGGGAUAUGGUACCUCACAUACCUGCCAAUCAGCUGUUAAGGAGCAGCUCUGGUGCUGGUCAUGGAGCAGGUUAGUGAAAAGCUGCUCCCUCUCACUUAAGAGAGUUAUUCAAAGUUCAAUGUAAAAAAUGAAAAUCAUACAUAAUCCCCAUGACAACCUCUUUCUAACAAAGCUCGAACCAGCCCCGUACCUCACAUGGAUCUAGACAU